UACUUUACGUAAUGCGUGCGGCGCCCGGAACGUUGUGUUGACAGUAGCAGCAGGAGUUGUCAGCCGAGUAGCCAGCGACCAUCCUUGGAGCCGAAUGGACUAGUCACAACGUUGCUAUUUAAGAAACACUUGCCUAUUCUACAACAACAACACUGUAUACAGUGUGUACGUAGCGAAACAUGGCUGACGACCAGAGCUCCCAAUCCUGGUCAAUCGACAAGGAUGAUUAUAUCCUCAAUGAGGUGAUAGGCAGCGGAGCCACAGCGGUGGUCCAGGCGGCCUACUGCGAGCCCAGGAAGGAAAAGGUGGCCAUCAAACGCAUCAACCUGGAGAAAUGUCAAACCAGUAUGGACGAGCUCCUGAAAGAGAUCCAGGCGAUGAGCCAGUGUCAUCACCCCAACAUUGUCUCCUACUACACCUCCUUCGUGGUGAAGGAUGAACUGUGGUUAGUCAUGAAGCUGCUCAGUGGCGGCUCGGUGUUGGACAUCAUCAAGCACAUCAUCUCCCGUGGGGAGCACAAGACCGGGGUGCUGGAUGAGUCCAGCAUCGCCAGCAUCCUGAAGGAGGUGCUGGAAGCCCUGGAAUACCUCCACAAAAACGGACAGAUACACAGGGAUCUGAAGGCAGGAAACAUUCUUCUAGGAGAUGAUGGUUCAGUGCAAAUUGCAGACUUUGGUGUGAGUGCCUUCCUAGCAGCAGGGGGUGACAUGACCAGGAACAAGGUGCGGAAGACCUUCGUGGGGACCCCCUGUUGGAUGGCCCCCGAGGUCAUGGAGCAGGUUCGCGGCUACGACUUCAAGGCAGACAUCUGGAGCUUCGGCAUCACUGCCAUCGAGCUGGCCACCGGCGCGGCGCCCUACCACAAAUACCCCCCCAUGAAGGUGCUGAUGCUGACCCUGCAGAACGACCCCCCCUGCCUGGAGACAGGCAUCACGGACAAGGAGAUGGUGAAGAAGUACGGCAAGUCCCUGAGGAAGAUGAUCUCCCUGUGCUUACAGAAGGACCCAGAGAAAAGGCCAACUGCUGCUGAAUUGCUGAAGCAUAAAUUCUUCACCAAAGCCAAGAACAACGAGUACUUGCAAGAACGGCUCCUGCAGAAGGGGCCAACCAUCACCGAGCGCUCGAAAAAGGUGCGCAGGGUCCCCGGCUCCAGCGGGAGACUCCACAAGACGGAGGACGGGGAGUGGGAGUGGAGCGACGAUGAGUUGGACGAGGAGAGCGAGGAGGGCAGGGCAGCCAUUGCCGCCCUGCGAUCACCCCGGGUGAAAGACGGAUCCCAGAACAUGGAGCUGUUCCCGCCCUCAGUCGGUGCCUCUGGUCAUCUACAGCCGGGUGAGGCCGCGCCCCCAGCGCAGGCCGGCCAACCAGGGGCUGCUGAUGCUCUGGCCCCGCCCCCACAGGGUGCAGCUCCUCCUCCAGCAGCAGGAGCGACCUCAGCUAGCCCCUCCCACGCACCCACCGCUCAGGAAGCGGUGGCGGUGGUGCUCAACACAAACGUCCCCAUCAGCCUGGUCCUGAGGUUAAGGAACCUGAAGAAGGAGCUCAACGACAUCCGCUUUGAGUUCAUGCCUGGAAGAGAUUCAGCCGAUGGCGUGUCUCAGGAGUUGGUCUCUGCCGGCCUGGUCGAUGGGAGGGACUUAGUUAUUGUGGCUGCCAAUCUGCAGAAGAUCGUUGACGAUCCGCAGAACAACAGGAAUGUGACUUUUAAACUGGCGUCUGGACUGGAGGAAUCUGAGAUCCCUGAUGACAUCAAACUGAUGGGAUUCGCCCAGCUCAGCAUCAGCUAACUCACACAGAGACCCCCCCCCUCCCUUCCCCCAGAAAAAUAGCAACAGCAACAACAACAACCACCACAACAAAAAAAACAACAGCAUCAACAAGGAAAAAAUAUGAAAAGGAAAAAAGGACAGCAACUAAUGGUAUUGCACAGCUGCAUUAUUUCUCAAUUCCACGAAACCACUACUGCCAAAGAGGGGAGGUCGAAGGUUAAACAGUCCCCCCCCCCCCAAAAAAAAAACUGGCACAAGAGCGGGAAAGCUAUGGUGGCCGCGGGCCACGGAGAUAAGGGGCGACGUUAAACACAGGAAUCUUUACUUGAAAAGUUUACAGCGCGGCUCGACGUGGGAGACCGCAUCACCCUCAUCGGCUUAUUCCCCCCCUCCCCCUCCAGUUUUGGAUUUUCUUUUCUGCGUUGGGAUAUUUCUUUUCACCCCCCCCCACCCCCACCCCUCUCCUUCUUUUCAGUUUAUUUUUUAUACACAAGCACAAUCCAAAACAACUCCUGCCACUUCUAGAAGUGAUUUGCCUUUUGUUUGUCUUUAUUUUUUCUUAAUUCUUUAUUAUUAUUUUUUUUAUCAACUGUGCCACAGAACUCACUAUAUAGUGUUUUUGUUUUUGUUGUUUCUUCUCGACUUUACGGCACUUUACGCUACUCUGAAUUGAAUUAAGUGUAAAGCUUGCCUUAGCUGGUAGAAAUAUAGAUUUAGUGUGAUGGUUUGAUUAAGAAUGAAAAGAAAAACACAUUGAGUCCACUGUUAAUUAGUGGAGGUAUAUUGUGAAUGGAGAUCUACAAUCAGAUUUACGCCUCUUUUAACAUUGGCAUUAAAACAAGAAUUCAUGUGUUGUGAAUACAUUUUUACUCCCGCAAAUCACUCACAGUUCAUUUAUAGUUUCGGAGGGCGAUUGGGCUUAGAAGGAAUAUGUUCACAAAAUUGAAAUACCAAAACAAUUGGCUCUUGUUCAGCCUAUACCAAUAUGUACGUUGAAUCACAGGAUCAGUUUGGACGGGGGAGGGGAGGUUUUGACACAGAUCUGCUAUCGGUGAAAACAUAUCUGUUUGUACACACUUGGAACUUCUCCAACUGUAGCUAAACAAUUAACCGCAGUUAAUCUCAUACCGAAGGGUUUAAAGGACAUGCUUGUCUUAAUUGAGUUGGUGACAGUUUCGUGUUUUUUUUUUUUUUUUUUACUAUGCAAUAGUCGGUCAGCUUUCUCUCCCAGUUUCCGCUGAUUCUCUGACAUAUCUGAGUUUUUCAACGUGCAUUCCCUUGCCAAAAAUUAAUGUUCAAAUCACCAAGAUUGGCUGUUGAUGGGAUCUAUUCCAGAAACACAUUUCCACAUUUUGAUUAAAAAACGUAAACGUAUUAUUACCUUUGGCCUAGCUGUACCAUCAAGUAAGAUAUUCUUGUUCAAUCUGCGGCUAUUGACUAAAACCUAGGAAGGUGUCCCGUGCCCUUGUUGUCAAGCAAAUAUCAAACUGACCGCAGCGGGCACUUGUCUUGCGCUCUCUGGCAGGUGAGAGUCUGUGCACUGAAAACUCCAUGGGUGGUGAUGCUCCUAGUUAAUGCUUUUAGUUUUGUCCUUCAGAAUCCGUAUUGUUUUCUUGUCAUCGCUAUAGGCAGGUUGUUUGGAUGACGCUUGUUUCCGUGCUUAAAGUACCCGCCCACAAGUCUGUGCUGUCACUCCCAGGAAGGCCCGAAAGGCCGUCCGGAGCCGCGCGCCAGCGGACGCGCCACAGCUCGACGCGCUGGUACAGUUGUAAAUGGUGUAUUUAAAGAAAAAAAAGUGUUUGCUCUCUUUCAAAAUGUUCCUAUAACGGAAACUUUGUGCUCAGUCACACACACACACACACACACACACACACACACACACACACACACACACAGACACGUACACACCUUGUUUGCUUUUCUGAGUUUGUCAAUGCUUUGUAUGUCCUUUUUUUAUUUUAUUUUUUUUGAUUUAAGUGAAUUAAAAAUCUAAACAUUUCAGUUGUAGCCUACAUGAUGUUCACGGAACAUGGCUGGUUGACGUGAUGGAAAGGAUUUAUCCAGUACACGAACAGCAACUAUCUUUUUCUCUCUUUUUCUGUUUCGUUUUUGUUUAUUUUUGAUUGUUUCCACCAUUGGCCUUGUUGUGCUAGAACAUGAACUAAUCAUGCACAGAUUAUUUUAAUUGGCACCUUAUUGAUGUAAACGUUAACUUAGCUUGUUUUAAUUACAAUGGGGGGGUGGUGGUGGUGUUGGUGGUGGUCGUAGCCUCACUCCAGUGCUGUCCUGUCAUUAAAUAUGCAUUUGUUAAAAUUUGGUAAAAUCUAAUUUGAAAACAUCUUGUUUGCUCACGUGAUGGUAAACAUGGUAAAGUUUACAUCAGCUUUACAUUUUUUAUUCUUAUUUUGGGUUCCUGUGUUUUUGUUUCUAAUCAAAUAACUGAACUGGUGUUUUAAUCCAUUGUCUGCAAUUUUUUUUUAUUUUUCAAUAAUUCUUCCCCCUUUUUGAUUGUUUACACCAGAUAAAAGCCGCUGUCUAGCCUCGAAAUUUCCAAAUUUUCCACAGUUGAUUGGCUAUAUAUAUAAACAUAUAUUUUUACAAAUCAUUAAAAGUUCAAAUGUUCUUUCACGUUUUCUUUAUCCUCAAUUGCGCAAGUCUCUGAUACAUGUUUCUAAACAUACCCUCUGUGAUAACAAGGUUAGAUUUCUGUCUGAAAAUCCGGUCAAAUGCAUCCUACAUUUACAUUAGUGGUUGAGUUUCAUUCAAAUGUACACCAAAAAUGGUUUUGAGGAGCUAAAUAAAGUCACAUGAUGGAAUUCAGAUGGUU